AAAUAAUCCUUAGCAACAGAAUUCUUAUGUGAAUUUUUAUUAGAAUUUAGUAGAUCGUGUUCGAAAUGAGGCUCUUUAUUGUAAUUGUUUUUAUCGUUUUCCCUAGUGUUGCUUAUGGAAAACCAACAGAUUAUAUGGAAGAAACUGAAUGUCCAGGAUAUAAUGCGUGCCAUGAAGUCUUCCAAGACAAAAUUAACGUGCACAUUGUACCACACUCGCACGAUGAUGUGGGAUGGCUGCUCACUGUGGAUCAAUACUUCUACAAAAAGGUUCAGUACAUCAUUUCCUCGGUCGUGACUUAUUUGCAGGAAAAUCCUGACAGGAGAUUUAUCCAGGUUGAAACGUCUUACUUCUACAUGUGGUGGAAUCUCCAAAACGACGCGACGAAAUCCCAAGUCAGACAGCUGAUCAACGAGGGACGGUUGGAGAUAGCAAACGGCGCCUGGUCCAUGAACGAUGAAGCUGCCGUACACUACCAAUCCACCAUAGACCAAUACACGCUAGGCCUCAGGUUCAUCGAGGACGUUUUAGGGAAAUGCGCCCGUCCAAAAGCUGGGUGGCAGAUCGAUCCCUUCGGCCACAGUAGGGAGCAUGCUUCUUUGCUAGGUCAGAUGGGAUUGGACUCCGUUUUCUUCGCUAGGCUCGAUUAUAGAGACAAGCAGAAUAGACUGGAUCACCAAACUAUGGAUUUGCUUUGGACAGGAAGUUCCAAUUUAGACGCUGACACUUCCACCAUCUUCACAUCAGUACUAUAUGACCAUUACAGUGCUCCAAGUGGUUUCUGCUUCGACAAAGAUUGUGAUGACCUUCCAGUAAUCAUAAAUCCGGAAAGCACUGAAUACAACUGGGAGGACAGAGUAAUAGAAUUUACCAACUAUACCGCUGAACAAGCGAAAUACUAUCCAACAAACAAUAUACUUGUAACCUUCGGAGGUGACUUUCAAUGGAGGAACGCCGAGCAAGGCUUUUUAAACAUUGACAGGCUAAUUGCGGGCUUCAAAAAGUUCAACCCAACUAUCCACGGCACAGAACUCAACGUGAUAUAUUCGACACCUGCCUGUUACGCAAAAGCAGUCAGGGAUUACAUAGAAGUUAAUAAAAUGAUGUUAGAAGUAAAAACAGACGAUUUCUUCCCUUACGCUGACGGAGGAAACACGGUAUGGGCUGGUUAUUUCUCGUCAAGGCCUACUUCCAAAAGACUGGAGCGUGUUGCAAACAAUUUGCUUCAAGUCAGCAAACAGGUUACAGCGUUUGGUGGGCAAUUUUACGGUUCAAUUUCCCGGUUAAGUCAUGCGAUGGGUGUUUUGCAACACCACGAUGCCAUCACCGGCACUGAGAAGGAAGCAGUGAAGAGGGACUACCAUAAAACUGUAGUAGCGGGAAUGGAACAAGCCAUUUCUGAGAUAAGCAUCUCAUUUUCGUCUAUUCUCGGGAUAGACGGCAAUCUAAACCUGAAGUCCUGUUUGUUAUCCAACGUCAGCAUCUGCAGUGAAUCCGAUAAGGACCAGUUCAACGUACUUAUCUAUAACCCGUUGGCCAGGACCACCUCCCAUUACAUUCAAGUGCCUGUGAACGACGGCACCUGGAAGGUCACAGGCCCCACAGGUAGUGAAGAAAUUGAGAGCCAUCUGACAUAUCCCGCUCGAAAUUUUGAAUACAUCACGAACGACAUCGGCGAGAAGAUUUUGCCAAAGGUGUUGAUCUUCAAAGCAGAAAAUCUACCACCUUUGGGAUACAAGGUGUACAGUUUCCAAAAAUCCAGUGACUUGAGUAGUUCCACCAGGGAGCAGCAACUGGACGCUAACCAAAUAGGAUUUGAGGAUAGAUACGUUACCAUUGACCUGAAUACUGGUCUUGUAAAGUCCAUAACCCUCAACGGAGUAACGCUAGGGGUUUCUCAGAAACUGCUGUACUACAAUGGCUCGACGGGUGUCAGUGGCGCCUACAUUUUCCGACCAGACACGAAAGUUAGGGAAGCAGUCGAGUUCGGUUACGUACAAACAAGUGUUCUCUUAGGUGGCGGCGAAAUGGUACGCGAGAUCAAGCAGGUGUGGGAGGACUGGAUUACCCAGGUCAUUCGAGUUUUUAGAGAUGAAGAUUUUGUCGAGUUCGACUGGGUCGUUGGGCCGAUAGAUACGUCAAAUGGUCUUGGCAAAGAAGUAAUCACGCGAUAUUCGACAGAGUUAGAGACCGAUGGAGUAUUCUACACCGACUCAAAUGGUAGAGAAAUGAUAUACAGGAAGAAGAAUUAUAGACCCACGUACACGUACACGACCGAGGAGCCUCAAGCUGGGAAUUAUUAUCCUGUUAACACCAAAAUUUUGGUCAAAGACGAAGUGAACGAGUUUGCCGUGUUGACGGACCGAUCAGAGGGAGGAUCUAGUUUGUCUCCUGGGGAAGUGGAACUUAUGCUGAGCAGAGUCGCUAAAGAAGAUGACCAAAGAGGCGUCGGUGAAAAUCUCAAUGAGACUGAAUACGCCGUUCCGCUUGUAGCUAGAGGUUCGCAUUUUGUUACACUCGGAAAAUCUUCAGAAGGAAAUGGCGGAAGAACUAUGGCAGCCGUGGAAAGAGACAUAGCCCAGAGAAAACAUCUCCAACCCUGGGUAUUUUACACCACAGAAGACGUCCCGGUCAAAGAACAAUCAUUCUUGAACAAAGAACUACCACCCAACGUCCAUCUACUGACCCUGGAAAGCUGGAAUACCAGCAACACUUUACUCAUCAGACUGGAACACAUACUGGAGAAAGAUGAAGAUCCAAACCUGUCCCAAGAAGUAACAGUGGACUUGACGGAUCUAUUCAAAACAAUAAAAAUUGUGUCGAUGAAGGAGUUCACGCUGGCAGCUAAUACGCCUUUGGAGGAAAGUGAAAGGCUCGAGUGGUCUCAAAUCGUUCAUAGCGUUGACGCAGCCAGCCCACUUAACAAAGAGAAAAAACUGGCGAGGGAUGAAACGGACCUAAAAGUUGCUUUGGCUCCCAUGCAGAUCAGGACCUUCGUAGCUAGUGUUGAAAUUCAAUGAAAUACGGUGAUGGUAACGUAAAAAGUACAAUAAAGGUUGCAUAGAAAUCC